AUGGACUCCUCUCUGCUCGAGAUCUGGCAAGCGGCUGCUAGCACGCCGUUCCAUCCCGCUGUCGCCAAGGAUUCGCAGUUCUUCAUCGCCUUCCUCCUUCUGCUCGUUGGUAUCUUGAUCACCGGCGUCUUUGCUCUGAACCGGUCCCUCACCAACAUUCCUGCACUUGGCGUUCCUGCUUCCGCUGCCAUUGCGUACAUUCGGAACGGUGUACAUGUUCUGCGCGGUCGGAGUCUACGUUUAAGAUACCCCAAGAGUCAUUUCAAGUCGGCGGCGACCUUGUACUUUAGAAACAACCAAGAAGACUUUCCAAACCACCUCUCUACAAUCUGGUUGAUUACACCUCAUUUCGCGCAGCUUCUAUCCGUAAUGUCGGGAGCAAUUUCUCAGGGCGAUGCGCAGCCCGAGCCCAUUUUUCGCGCUGUGGCUUCUUCGACGAAGCCGCUAUACCAACUCCUCAAAACCAUCAACUUCACCAACAAAGUCCAUGUUCAGCUUCAAGAGGAUGGUAUCAGAUUUGCGGCAGACCUUUCAAGGGUUUUGCAAGGUACUGCAUUUCUGGACAAGAAGCUUUUCACCUCGUACUCUCUCAACCUCGGCGACGGCACGGACGGAUCGCAGCCGAUUCUUCCCAACUUCCAAAUCGCCUUGCCGUCCCUUCUCGACACACUUCAAAUCUUCGGUGCAGUCGACGUCGCAACCCGCACUCAGAGGGCCGAUCACGACGCAUAUCACAGCAACAUCCGCAACUACCGCCCGGAGGCGUUUAGUAACCAAGCUCUCGGUAUCGGCGGGACAUGUAGCUUGAUCUACAAGGAAGAGGGUGGCCAGUUCGACAUUGUUAUCGAGGAGGGGGGCGUCAAGACCACGGCCAGCCUCACGACAUAUCUGCCGGAGAUCCCAGAGGAGAUCCCAUUCGAUCGGGACAACCUUUCUUUCAAGAUUAUCAUGCAGGCGCGCUAUCUUCUCGAUGCCCUGGCCGAGCUGGCGCCCACCGGGCCCAACCGCCUUACUAUAGCAGCCUCCAAGACCUCGCCAUACCUAGCUCUUUCCGGCGCCGGCGACAUGGGCAGCUCUAGCGUGACUUUCGCGAAGGGACGCGAGCUACUGGAGACCUUUUCGAUCAACGAAGGAUGGUCCCAAGCCUACAAAUUCGACUUGGUCAAGUACUCCACCGAAGCGAUGAGAAUUGCGAGCAAGGUCAGCUUUCGAGGUGACGACCAAGGAGUCUUGAGUCUUCAAUUCAUGGUCGAGCAUGAGAAUGGGGUCAGCUUUUUGGACUUUCGGUUUGUUCCUUACAUCGCACACGAUGACGAUGAGGAGGGAGAGGAAGAGGGUUCGGAGGAUGACUAG